CACACGCAGGAAUUCAGCACGAAUAUCUCAAACCAUCACUAUCCUAUAUUUAGACCUCGAGGUGUGAGAAUUCUGUGUACGCGGUAUCAGUGCAGUCUACAAUUCGUAAAAUUUGAAUUAAAAUAAUCGUUGAUUACCAAGGUAUAUUCUAAACCUCUACUUUAAAUUACUAAGUCAAGUUCAAGCGGACCUCAGGAAUUUCAAUCAGAUUACACAAUGCCAACUUUAAUUUACACGAUCGUACUCGUUUAUUGUUGCAAUUUCACGACCACAGCACUUGGUCAACAAUUCUGUGAAAAUAUUAAAACUAAGUAUGGUACAGUCAUAAGCGCAAAGAUGUGUCACAUUUUAUAGAGAUUGGCUAGGUUGCGCAACACACGAUUAGGAACAAUAUCAGAUAGUGUGUAAUUAAACAUACGCAAAAUGUGUGCACGGGUUCUGGCAUGUCCGCUGUGUUCGCAACCUGGAUUCCUAACACUUGACGCGCUGCGAGCUGGACUUGUAAGUGUAGCGACUCGACCCCUUAUAUGUCCUGUUUGUAACGAAGUAUUGUUAGGCAUAGAUAAAUUAACUAUACACCUGUUUGGUCACACGAUCAAUCUGAACAGUGCUACAUCAGAGUCGUCUAAAUCUGCAGACAUCGCUGCUGCCGAUGAACAUCUGGUCGCCGUUCAUAACGCGCACAACAUUGCACCGCAGAACUGGAACAUAUUGAAGCAAUUAGAUAAAGUUGAAAGUGGCAACAACAGGACUUGCACAGAAUCGUUAAAUUCGGAUGUGCCAAAUGUAGGAAAUAUCUCUGCUAUAGAUUCCCAGCCUAAAACGCAAAGCCUAGAUUCAUCAACGAAAGGCGCGAAUCAAUCUAGUUUUAUAUCAGAUUACAAUCAUGACAUAAUAAAAGUAAACAUUCUUCCACAAUCAAAUGGAAAUCACAAUACGGUCCAGAAAGUGAUCGCAAAUCUGCAACAGGAAACAUUGAAAACAAAUUGUGAAAUGCAGUAUUUUUGUAAUGAUAAUAUCAAGCACUUGAAUGUGUCCCAGGAAGCUAUGCAGAUGGAAAAAACAGCUAUUUCAGAUUUAAUUAUAGCGACAAAGGUGGCAGAAACUAUGGAUGCCAACAUUUAUCGAAAUGUUGGAAAGGAAUGUACCGAAUCAAACACUGGUCAACGUGUCUUAAAAGAAGGAUUAAUAACGGAUUUAAUUGAAGAAGAGCAUGAUUUGCCUAAUUUUCAGUCAGUCCACAAUAUAAUUGCAAAUGUUUGUGCGAGAAAGUCACCGGAGGAGCGCAAUGAUAAGGAAGGUUUGUCUAAUGCGAAUAACACGAUAUUCGAAACAAAUGUUGGGGAUCGAAAUCAAAAUUUAGAACAAAUAUUACCUCACACGCAAACAAAUGCCAAAGCCAUCCGUACGAUAGCACCGAAGGAAAAAACAGAAAGAUGUAACUUGUGCGGCUUUUAUUUUCCUGACACCGAUAUUUUAGCUUUACACAAACAAUUGGUGCACGAGCAGGAGUCAAGCAAUGGUCCAGAAAAAGUUCUUAAAAAUUACUCUUGCUAUCUGUGCUCCAAGGUGUUCAAAAUGCGAGGCAGUUUAAUGGUACAUAUGAGAGUAGCCCACAUUGGAUAUAAUUCAGGUGACCAAAAUGAAGUUGCAUGCGGCGACGCUGGAUACACGUGUCCCACAUGUGGGAAGAAAUUCAAGAAAGAGCAACAUGUAAUACAACAUUUAAAGACUCACGAGGGGAAGCAGUGGGAGUGUGAUACUUGCAGCAAGAUGUUUACGACGAAAUAUUUUCUGAAGAAACACAAACGACUACACUCGGGAGAGAUGCCUUAUAAAUGUAAAAUAUGUGACAAAAGCUUUACCUUCCAGCAAUCGUAUCAUAAGCACAGACUCUAUCACAAGGACGAUAAGCCACACACCUGCGCGACUUGCGGCAGAUCAUUCAAGGAACUCUCCACAUUGCACAAUCAUGAAAGAAUUCACACCGGGGAGAAGCCAUUCGCCUGCGAGACAUGUGGAAAGUGUUUCCGUCAGCGUGUUUCGUACUUAGUCCAUCGUCGAAUUCACACAGGCGUGAUGCCUUAUAAAUGCACAAUGUGUGGCAAAAACUUCCGAUACAAGGUGAGUCAAAGAACCCAUAAAUGCCCUGUACAAACUUCAGGCAGCACCCAGCAAUUGGCAUCUGAUACACAAGAGGCUAAUAACAGCAUAAUCAGGUCACUGGUCGCAGAUACCUUGCAAGAAAAUCAAUCAACCAAUGAGGAAAAUAAGUUUGUUUUGAUAAUAAAUGCCCAAGGACAACCUGUUUUAGCACUGCAGUCAGAAUUAAAUAACAUAUCCUCCGAGAGAAAGGAACAAGACAUCGAAUUUACAGGCGUCAACAAUACUAAUGAAAAUACAAAGAGCAAGACGUGGAAUACUAAUGAUCUUAAUAGUACAGGACUCGAGGAGUCGGUGGAAUCAAUUGAAAGGGUACAAUCGGACAACAAAAAAAUAGAUACAAAAAACACGAACGAUUUCUUUUCCAUGGUAAUGUCGCCCCUUGAAACUAGCAUAUCGUCUUCGACGUUUGAAAUGGAACACUUGAGAGUAUCUUCACCUAAACGUAAAGAGGAUCCAAUAGACUCUUACACUGACUUUCCACAAGUCUCUGGAAAUGUACAAAUGAAUUUAGAAUCAAGCAUAGAGCAAAGCUUUAGCCAUAAUAAGGAUGUCACAGGGUCUCUGCAAACCAUAAAUGAAGAAUCAUUAAAAGAAUUGCUGUAUGGUAUGGAUAGAAAAUGA